AUAACCAAGAAAUGAGAAAUGGUAAAUGUUAAACAUUCUAUAACAAAAUUAACAUAUUCACAUAAGAUAUUAAAAAUUCUGCGAUUCCAUUCAUGUUUCCUGUGAUCCUGUGUUGAAGUGACCCAUUUAAAUGCUGUAUCUGACAAUUUCUUUCAUGGCACCUGAAAAGACAACAAUUCUGAAACAUCUUCUACAUGGAGUCAAAUUCGUUAGACUUUGUAAUACAAGGUGAACAUGUAGUUUUUCUAAGGAAUAACAUGACAAUUUCAUAUACGUAACACAAUAUUAAGACUGUACCUAUAGAAAAAAAAAAAAACUAGAACCCACCGUCCUAUCUGACAAAUAACGAUUGUAGAUCUAUUUUUCGAACUAAAAUUGGCAGAAAUGGCUGUACAAGAAGACAAAAAGAAAUUUUACUGUAGGGAAUGGGCAUUUCAGAAAUUAGCACAUUGCCUUGAUCAAAGGCCUGCCUCGAAAACAUGUGGUGCUCUACUGCUGGGAGGUUCUGGUUGUGGAAAAACUACAUUUUGUUCAGAGCUAUGUUGGCCCUCCCAAGGGCCUGCCAGUAGGCAACAAAGGGCGCUAAAUAGAAGACUACUAGGUUAUCACUUCUUGCAAGGACAUAACGAGAAGAGUCUGUCAUUGAGCGAGUUCAUUAGGUCUCUAGUAACACAAAUUCUCAAUCAUUCCACUGAGAGCCAUAAAGAACGGAGUAUCAGACGUAGGAUGGCUCAGGAAACUCAAAACACCGAAGAGGGCUCUCUUUGCAGCCCAAAGUUGGUGAAAAACAUUUCCUAUGAACAAAACCUAUCAGAGAAUUGUAGUUUACCUCAAGAGAGUCUAUAUAGUAAUGUUUAUUCAGAAAACUUGCUAUCACCCACUCUGGAAGCCAAGAAAUCAGCUGAAAUUCCACCUGUACCCAGUCUACCUGCUAAUCCUCGUACUAUCAUAGCUGAUGCCUACUUGGAGAAACUAAAAUCUGAUCCAGAGAUCCAGAUAGCCCUUAGGGCAAAGAACAUUGAAAUGAAUCCCGACGAUUGCCUCAAAAGGGCUCUAUUGUUCCCUCUACUUGAAAUCGAUCCUCCAAAAACCUCACUAUUUAUCCUCAUAGACUCCAUAGAUGAACUUUCUUUUGUAUACUCCAAUUCAACUUUGACUAGGUCCAAACCGAGAGAUAGAACGUCACAGAGUAAAACGAUAGCUGAACUCUUGGCCAAUCACCACCAUUUGUUUCCACAGUGGUUGUUACUAGUUUGUACAGCUAAGAAACAGUCUAAGAGCAUCGCGAAAAUGUUCACUGGCUUCAGGAAGCUGAGCCUGGACGAUUUACGGAAAUCUCAAGUGGUGCGCGACGUGCAACAAUACAUCUUAGCGAGGUUAGAUCAGGAGAAUAGUCUGAGGCAACACAUCAGCAGAGACACAGCAGAGAUGUUGAACCAGUUGCAUAUAAAGAGCAACGGCUGUUUUUUGUACUUGGAGAAAGUGUUGGAUGGCGUGUCAGAUAAUUUUAUAGUGCUCAGGGAAGUCAGGGAAAUACCGGGCACCCUAAAUGGGCUUUAUUUAUGGUUGUGCCAGAGGCUGUUCAAUCGCAGACAGUUUGCCAAAGUACAACCACUGUUGAAUAUUAUUCUUGCAGCUAAAUGCGCUCUGAAUGAAACGCUACUUUUUGAUAUAGUAAGAGUUUAUAAUCCUAAAAUCACCAUUGAGGACUUUAGAAAAAGAUUUCAUCUCAUGAAUAGGAUAAUCGUGAUAUCCAAAGGAGGAGCAAUAAGAUUAUUCCAUCACUCCUUUGCCGAAUGGCUGUUAGAUAUUAAGCAUUGUACGCAAAAGUAUUUAUGCAAUAUUUUCCACGGGCACUGUAUUUUAGCAAUGUAUUACACCCUUCACGCCAAAGCUUUGAAUAAUCAAGAGAUUUAUGAUUACGUGUUUCAUCUCACCCGAAUGGAGCAAUACUUGAACGAAAAACCCUCCCAGAAGUGCCCUACACUCAUGUACAAGUUAUCACAGGAAAAGAGCAAUAGCAUUUCCCAAGGGGAGAACAGCUUGGAAAAAACUUCAACGGAAAUAUAUUCUGAUUUGAAGGCGUUACAAGAAUUGACGAAGAACUACGAGAAAGAGCUCAGCUUAGAGAUGGGUAACCUGGAAACUAGUUUUGUGGAAACCGAGAAUAGCCAGAAUAAUUUGGAUGACAGUCCAUUUAAUCUAGAAUUAGAUUUAUCUAGGACCGAGGCGAAGCUUGAAAGUGUCAACAUCAAGAGCCCAGUCUCGGAGAAAAAUCCUAUCUAUGCGGAAAUAAAGAAAAAUAAGAAGCUAAGGCCACAUAAGCCACCUAUCGUGGGACAUACGGAAAGCAAUGCACUUCAGAACAAUCUGAAUUCCUCUAGUUCCGCUCCUGUCCAAGAUCCUUCUGAAAGAGGUGUUUUGGAUGUCCACACUCUUAUAGUUCUUUGGCUGAUCAACAGCGGAUGUAACGUCGAGGAAUGUCUUCUGGAAGGCAACGAGAUAACCGGGGUGAAUUUUGGUGCUUUUCUGCCUACCGAUCCGAAGGUGCUGAAGUUGCUUCUGGAAGCUGGAGCAGUGGAGGAAGUUGAUGUCGAUGGAUGUGACUACGAGAGUCAGAUGUCAUUAGCUAGCACAUCCAGCGAGCAGAGUCCAGAGCCCCUAUUCGAUGUGCAUGAUCUACAUGGACAAGCAGCUCUACACGUGGCCGCUAGGUUAGGACAAACACAGGUCGUCAAGGUACUUUUGGAAGCAGGAGCGAAUUCUGAUCAAGCUGACGUUGACGGAUGGACUCCUCUCAGAGCAGCUGCUUGGGGCGGCCAUACUGAGGUCGUCGAAAUACUCGUGCAACAUAACUGCUCUUUGGACAGCGUCGACGCGGAGAACCGCACAGCUUUGCGUGCAGCUGCCUGGUCUGGUCACGAGGAAAUAGUCAAGGUGCUGCUCCGUCACGGCGCCGACGCCAACCUGACCGACCACGAGGGCCGCACGGCGCUCAUCGCCGCCGCCUACAUGGGCCACUCGGAGAUCGUCGAACGUCUGCUGGACCACGGCGCCGACGUCGAUCACGCCGACGCCGACGGCAGGACUGCGCUGGCCGUGGCGGCGUUGUGCGCGCCGAGGACGCCCGGCGCCGGCGUCGUGGCGACGCUGUUGGAGCGCGGGGCUUCAGUCGACCACAAGGACAAGGAGGGGAUGACGCCGCUGUUGGUCGCCUCCUUCGAGGGUCACAGGGACGUUUGUGAACUGCUUUUAGAAAACGAAGCGGACGUCGACCAUUGCGACAACGGUGGCAGAAGCCCUUUAUGGGCUGCCGCAAGCAUGGGUCAUGCCCCUGUGGUAGCUCUCCUACUGUUCUGGGGCUGCUGUAUAGACUCGAUGGAUUCAGAAGGUCGCACUGUUUUGUCCGUUGCUGCAGCACAAGGGUGUGUGGAAGUUGUUAAGCAGCUCUUAGACAGAGGCCUUGACGAGCAACAUCGAGAUAAUUCAGGCUGGACACCACUCCAUUAUUCAGCCUUUGAAGGCCAUCAAGAUGUCUGUGAAGCUUUAUUGGAAGCAGGAGCGAGAAUAGAUGAGACUGAUAAUGAGGGGAAAGCCCCAUUGGCGCUAGCAUCACAGGGGGGUCACACGGCUUUAGUUAAUUUGUUCAUAGACAAGUAUAAUGCACCGAUAGAUCAGAGACCCCACGAUGGAAAGACUGCAUUGAGGUUGGCAGCUCUUGAAGGGCAUUAUGACAUUGUACAGAUUUUGGUGUCGCAUGGUGCCGACAUCAACUCGAAAGAUGCGGACGGAAGAAGUACUUUGUAUGUUCUAGCGCUCGACAAUCGAAUAGCAAUGUCGAAAUAUUUCAUACAAAAUGCAGCAGACGUAGAAACGAGAGACUUAGAGGGUCGUACUCCUUUACAUGUCUCGUCAUGGCAAGGCCACACGGAAAUGGUCACGCUAUUGCUGACGUAUGGUAAAGCCCAAGUGGACGCCUGCGAUUUGGAAAAUAGGACGGCCCUGCAUUCGGCUAGUUGGCAGGGCCACAGCGAUAUAGUCAAAAUGCUUCUGGAGCAUGGGGCAUUGCCAGAUCAUACUUGUAAUCAGGGAGCUACUGCUUUAGGCAUCGCAGCUCAAGAAGGCCACGAACUCUGCGUGGUGGCGCUGCUGGAGCACGGCGCCGAUCCGAACCAUUCGGACGCGUGCGGCAGGAAUGCCGUGAGGGUGGCAGCCAAGUCGGGACACAGAGGGGUGGUGAGGUUGUUGGAGGAGUACAACGCCAGAUCGCACAAAAUGGCGCACACCAGCAGCAGUGCGAAUUCAAUCACCUCAGCUUCUACUGCAGAAACCAAACCUUCUUGCGCCAUUUUGUAUCCGCCAGGCGGCGCUGGCGACUGGACUGACCAGCAAAGAAGGUCCAUGGUGUCUCUUGGAAAUCACAGUUCAAACUCGAAAUCCAGCUCGAAUCUGACCGGUUCUAGUCAGUCUAGCAGGCAUGGCGAUCGACAGAGGGAACCCACACAAAACAUCCAGCCUAUGUCAUUCACACAACAGCUCCAACAGUGUAGCAGAGGUGGCAAAACGAGGCCCCUCAGCAAGCUGUUGUCCCCUCUACAAAGCGAACCCCAAAGUCCGAUUUACGCUUCCCCGCCUCUCAGUCCGGUUAAUGAUGUGCCGAAUAUAUUCGGAGCGUUGAACAUCUAUCAACCAGUCCUCAGGCACAAUAAUUUCGCGAAGGCUCCAGACACCCACUUUGCUCGAGAUACUCACAUGAGGAUCAUUUUGGGCAAUUCCAGUAACUCUCCUUUCAGCAAAGACAAAAAAUCUGAGCAAUCUUCGGAGAAUCCCAGUUCCAAAUCCAGUAACCAAAAGUCGAAAAGGAACGGCAUAGUUACGAAUCCGGCAUUGCGUUUAGUUGCCAACGUUAAGAACGGUUUAGAUACUGCUGCGGCGAAUUUACGAAAAUCCGCUUCGGGUGCUAAUCCUGCCUCCAAAACCAACAGUUUUCACUGGCGGAAGGAGACGCCCCUUUAAGAAGUGGAGGGAAAACAAUUUCCAAAUGAACUAGUCAAUAUUUAUGGUUUUAAACUCGACUCCAAGAAAUGAACAAUGCUAAUAUAACAACACUCACCUAGUCUUUAAUAUAUCAAAGAAACAUAUUUUUAAUAGACUUUUAAUUUGUCUGUAGG